AUGGCAUUCGUUGUCCCAAUCUCGACGUCUACUUUUACGCAAAGGUUCCGGCCAGCGGUGUCCCAUCGUCGACCAGCGGGUCUUACUCGCAUGAGUGCAGUCCCCAACGUUCCAGAUGUUCUGAAAAAGAUUCUCGAACGCAAAGAGACUGAGGUUGCAAAUUUGAGGGCCGAGGUCGAAGCAGCCGGUGCAAGUCAUCCCGUCGCCAAAGUGCUGUCUAAAAAGGGUACCUUGCCUCGCGGCAAGGCAUUCUACUCUGCUUUAAAACUUCCGCCAGGCACGAUUACUGUGAUCGCCGAGGUCAAACGUCGGAGUCCCAGCAAAGGAAAAAUCGGCAAUGUUAAGAACCCAGGCUUGUUGUCUCGUGUUUACUACGAGGCGGGUGCGGGCGCGAUUUCGGUGCUUACGGAUCUGGAGGGCUUUGGAGGCACUCUUGACGACCUGAAGCAAGUGGUUGAAACCCAAUCCACGUUCAAGGGCAACUAUCCAGAGCCAUGCCCCGUUCUGCGCAAGGACUUUACUAUCGACGAGAUUCAAAUCGCGGAGGCCGCCGCCGCGGGGGCAAGUGCAGUCCUGCUCAUCGUUGCUGCGCUUGGCAAAGAGAAGACAAAGGAGCUCCUCGACGCUACUCACGCUUUCGGCUUAGAUGCUCUUGUGGAGGUACACGAUGAAGAUGAACUGAAGAUUGCGUUGGACGCGGGCGCCGAGAUUGUAGGUGUGAAUAACCGCGACCUCAGAACCUUUGAUGUGUCCCUGGAUACCGCUAUGAGACUAGCUGAACUAAUCCCAGAAGACGUUGUCAAAAUUGCGGAGAGUGGGAUCGCACAAUACAUCGAUGCAUGGAGAUUGCGCGACGUAGGGUACAAUGCUGUUCUUGUUGGCGAAUCACUCAUUCGUGCCUAUGAAGGCAGUGCAUCAGAUAACACCAGCUACACACCGAGUUACAAUCAAGCCAAGGGCCUCAUAAUGGCUUUCAAGGCAAAGGGAAGCGUCGAGUUUGGAAGAUCAAGCAAUUUUUCUUUUUACGGUAAGGGCGAAGCUGCGAAGGAGGUUCUUGGGGAGAUGUCCAUCUAAAAUCGAUACAACCUCAUGUCCAUCACAACUAUUGGCGCUUUUAUCUAGAAAGGGGCGUAUGCUUGAAUAAACAACGACUUGAAAGUCUUUCCGAACCAUAGGGAAGCUUAAUUUUGA